CGACAACACCUUUCGACAUCCGACUACUCACAACAAGCAGUCAAGAUGCCGUCCCAAAAGUCCUUCCGCACCAAGCAGAAGCUUGCAAAGGCGCAGAAGCAGAACCGCCCCAUCCCCCAGUGGAUUCGCCUGAGGACCGGCAACACCAUCAGGUACGCUCUAUCCACGAUCCGCACGCUCUCGCCGCUUCCGAUAUCCGUCACUAGAGAUCACGAGGAUACGAUAAUAUAAUGAUGAGAGCACGAGACUGACAUUCCGCCCACAGGUACAACGCCAAGCGCCGAC